AUGGUGCACGCUGAUUAUUCAAAUCUCAAAUCUGGAGACUUUUCCAAAGAAGAAACCCUCCAACACGUUCUAGAUUCCUACAAAGCAUUAGAAACCGACAAUUGGGUAGCAAACUUAUCCAAUUGCUCAUCAUUAUUAUGGCAUGCGUACAAAUCAUUAAAUAUUAACGUCAAUUGGACUGGAUUUUACCUUACAGUUGAAAACAAAAACGAAGGUCAAACCUCACCUACUGAAUUAAUUUUGGGCCCAUUUCAAGGUAAAGUUGCAUGUCAGUUGAUUAAAUUUGGUCAUGGUGUUUGUGGAACUGCUGCGUCGAAAAAAUUGACACAACUAGUACCUGAUGUAGAAAAAUUCCCUGGUCAUAUUGCCUGUGAUGGAGAAACCAAAAGUGAAAUAGUUGUUCCUAUUGUGAAAAAUGGUGAAACCAAGGGAGUAAUUGAUUUGGAUUGUUUAGAUCUUGAAGGGUUUGAUAAGGUCGAUCAAGAAUAUUUGGAAAAAUUAGCUGAAUUAAUUGCUCAAUCUUUGUAA